AUGGCCACAACCAAAACCUCCUCCAACCUCCACCUCCUCUCCGCCGCAAUCUACUUCAUCAUCAUCUCUCUCCUCGCCGUGCUUCUCUGGCUGGCCUUCACACCCCACGCCCCGCGCUUCCAACUAACAUCCCUCAUCGUCACCUCCCUCGCCACCAACACUGCCGCCGAGUUAACGGCAAAGUUCCACGUUAACGCCGUUCUCAGUAACCCUAACUUCGCGCUCUCCGUCUGCUACGAGACCCUCCGCCUCGCGCUCCUUUUCGACAACCUCACCAUCUCUGCCAUCCCGGUCCAACCGCUCCCGUUCUCCACCGCAGCCCAGACAGACACCCCAGUCCGAGCCCGGUUCUCAGUCGCCCACAGGUCGUUCCCCAACGGCAUCGUGAGAGGAAUCAUUGAGCAGCGCGGUGGUGGUUCGGUAUCCUUCGGAGUCACGGUUCUCGCUCGGUUUAGGUUGACUUGUGGCGCAUUGGGCACCAGAGUUCGAACUUUGAGGCUUGAGUGUUACCCGUUGCAGGUUGCGUUCCCUCCCCGCAACCACGGCACUGGAAGCUUGGUUGCUCCUUCUGAUUGUUAUGCAGUAUAA